GCUGCUGCUGCUGCUGCUGCUGGUGUAUCGACUCUUGAGCCAGCAGCAGCAGCAGCAGCAGCAGCAGCAGCGGCAGCCGCAAUGAGAACUCAGGGUUCGCCACAAGAAGCGUCUUUAUAUUUUCUCGCUUCAGUGUCUGCAGAAGCAGCGGCGACUCCGGAAGCAGCGGCAAUUCAUAACAAUUCGUCGUUCGAAACGGCGGCUGCAGCCUCGAUUUGCGAGGCCGCUGCUGGUGCCUUCGUGCUCUCCCCCGCAGCACCGACUGCUGUAGCUGCUCCUGAGUUACAGCAGGCCUAUGCACAGGCGUACAGCGGUCCCUUUGCAAGAGGCCCCCUCCCCCCCUAUUCGUAUGGGGCAAAAAGCACUGUGACUCGCGAGCCACCCCCCUACGACGGAUCCGUAGCCUUCGUCUCAGAGCACGGGGAGGAGUCGCAACCCCGCCCUCCUUUUUCUGCAGCAGAAGCCGCAGAAAAAACACCGCUAGCAGCCAAAGAGGCCUUAGCAGAAGACGCCUCGCGAGGCUGCUGGGAUGUGCGCGGCUACUACGAAGCAGCACCGGAGGGCCUGUUAUACAGCGCAACGCUCGCUGCGGUGUCUCUAGACGUCACCCACGUCCCCUGGAGCCCCUCCGAAAAAAGCCUUAUUGCAGCCGUUAAGCUGCCUGAACUGGGCUCCCAUGCAUCGGACUACCCAGUGCCUCCGGCUCUGCUCUUGGAAGAAGCUCUCAAGCAACAGGAGGACCGCCAAGACGCGGCUGCUGCUGCUGCAAAGCUGCUCCAACAGCAGCCACAGCCCCUCCCCCGCGUAAAGUCUCUGGCUUACGCCACUGGCCUUCUCCCACAAGACAGCAGCAACAAGCCCGCAACGCCCUCCAAAUCCAUCGACCCCGCCUCCAUCUUCAGUUUGCCCCUCGCUCACCGACGAGCGCUCCUCUUCAACAUGCUCGCAAAUUUCUGCAUCGAGGCGAACGCAGGCCUGUCACUGCUGCAGCUGACAUCCAACCGCGACUUGGUUUCUGUCUUCGUGCGGCUGUCGGACGAUUUGCAGCAUCUGCUGCUCGAUAUGAGAACUGGUCAUGUACUCGAGUUCCCGCUGGUGCAUGCAGAAGCUGUAUACACGCUUCAGCGACGGCGGGUGCCCGUCAUUCAGGCAACUGACUCUGGACAGCCUCAGAAGUUGCACUGCGUCCGCACGAAAAGCAGCGCUGAGGAGCAGCAGCAGAAGCAGCUGCCGCCACUGGAUUUGAGUCGGCUGCACUCGAGCGGGGGGGACCGCUUGGUGCCGUGCAGUCUGCCCCCGCAGCAACAGAACACGCCACACGAGGAGGAGGAGAGGCGCCCGGCAGCAACAAUCGCGGCAGAGGGAGGCUGCAGCGAAGAACGCAACUACAUUGUUGUGCUGGAGUUUGGAUGCAAGAAGCUGGCCUUUGCAUUUGCAGACAGAAUCAACGCUGAGACCUUUCAGCUUGCUGCAGGCCUUCUCGCAAGGAGGGCCAAGGAGGUGCAGCAGCUUUCGAGCCGUUCUACAUUAGCCUCGCUUGUCGACUCCAUCCCCUUCACCCCACGCGCUGCCAAAGAGUUUCUGGAGCAUCUAGCUGCCCCCACUCUACUAAGAGGGGCUUCGCGCGCUACUGCUGCCAGUGCCUCACGGAGAGAGGGCAAGCUGCUUGCUGCCGUUUCCUGUGCCGACACACUAACCUCAAAGAGGAGGCACACACCCACGCCUCGGCGUGCUAGGCGAAAUUUGACAAGGUCUGCUGUCGCUACGGCUGCUACGCGCGGCUAUAGCGUCCACGCAGUGCCUUGCGAGAGUGCGCUGCCAGCACGCCUAACCCUUUUAAAACGCUUGUGCGGCUGUGCCAUCGCUACCGGUCGUACAGCGUGA